AUGUCAGACGAAGAAGUCUCUGUUAACGAACCCUCUCUUCAAAACAUUCUCGAUCAGAAAUCCUUGAAAUGGAUAUUUUGUGGUGGGAAGGGAGGUGUAGGUAAAACAACAACGUCGUGCUCUUUAGCAGUCCAACUAGCCUCCUGUCGAGAAUCGGUUCUGUUGAUCUCGACCGAUCCAGCACACAAUUUAUCGGAUGCGUUCUGUCAAAAAUUCGGCAAAGAUGCGACACUGGUCAACGGAUUUGAGAACCUAUACGCGAUGGAAAUCGAUCCGAAUUCUAGCUUGCAAGAGAUGGUCGAACAGUCUGAGUCGCAGGGCGGAGGCGGAAUGGGUGGCAUGAUGCAAGACCUGGCAUUCGCUAUUCCUGGAGUGGACGAGGCUAUGGGAUUUGCCGAAAUUAUGAAACACGUGAAAUCAAUGAAGUACUCCGUGAUCGUAUUCGACACAGCACCUACAGGCCACACCCUGCGCUUCUUGUCCUUCCCGGCCGUACUUGAAAAGGCCCUUGGGAAGCUAUCCAUGCUGGGCGGUCGAUUCGGGCCGAUGAUGCAACAAUUUGGCUCGAUGAUGGGUGUCAAUACAAAUACUGAAGACAUGUUCGGGAAGCUGGAAGACAUGAAAUCCGUUAUCACUGAAGUUAACAACCAGUUCAAGAACCCUGACCUGACGACGUUCAUUUGCGUCUGCAUAUCUGAAUUUUUGUCACUUUACGAGACCGAAAGGUUGAUCCAAGAGCUGAGCCAAUACGGGAUCGACACUCACUGCAUUGUUGUCAACCAACUCCUAUUCCCUAAAGCCAACAGCGACUGCGAUCAAUGUAACACCCGAUACAAAAUGCAAAGAAAAUAUUUAGCAGAAAUCAACGACCUCUAUAUCGAAGAAUUCCAUGUUGUCAAGAUGCCCUUACUAACUGAAGAGGUGAGGGGUGGGGAAAAAAUCAAAAGUUUUUCGAAGAUGUUAAUUGACCCCUACAAGCCCCCAUCAUCACAACUCUUGUAA